AAAUACUACCCCACCAAAUUUGUCUCUCAUAUUAGCGAGUGAGUAGGUUGAAGUGAGUGCUCCUAUUAACAUUUCUCGAGCAGCAGCUGGAACGGGCGUUUGAGAGGUCCCUAUCGCCGAACUUCCGGGGGGACUGACGGCGUAGGGCCGUGUGGAGUUGGUCGCCGCCAAAUCUUUAUUUCGGAAAUAAAGUGAUUUAUUUAAAUGUCUGACUUUAUCAGUGGAUUUUGGCUUAUUUGGUAAUGGGGAGGAUGAUCGUGCCCAUGGCUGUGGAACAUAUGGUGAUGCCCAAGUCGCGAAAGCGAAAAAGAAGCAGAGGGCGGCACCAUUCGUCGAGUUCGCAGAGCUCUUCGGAGCGACUUGGUCGGGGUAGCAGGAGGGCGUUCAUCACCAUAACACACAAGAAGCAAUCAUCAGCACAAGAGAUGGCAACUGUUCUUGCGAGUGAGCUCAGGCCAGAACACAAGCUUCCAAAGAAAGAGAUCUGGGUAUCCCCAAUACCUCAGUUUCUCAAGCUUCUACGAACAGUUGGAGCUCAGGGCAACACUUUCACAGCCAAAGAAGUUCUCUCUUAUCUAAUCAAGUACAUCAGCUCGAGGCAGCUUUAUGAUCCCAACGACCCAAAGAAUGUGUUCUGCAAAUCAGACCCACUCGGCCAAGUCUUCAAAGUCCAUUCAUUCACGAUAAAAGAUGCAAAGAGGUUACUCUUUGAGAAUAUGAAGGUUCUUGAUAAACCACCAGAAUUACCGACCAUUCCAAGGAUACAGUCCCUACCUGAAACUAGGAAAGACUACUACAUCACCUUCCGCAAUAAUCAAGAGCACACCCAUGAAAUGGCACCGGCUCCUCCGUACCCCCUCCCCCAUCUGUACACCCACCCCGCCCCUAGGUCAGCCUACCAAACGGGAGUCAAGGUGAUAUCGUCGGGGGUCGACGUCGCAGACGGGAUCGACAAGGAUUUCUUUGACCAGCAAGUGAUGGAGAAGAUGCUUGAUACAGUAUCAGAAGGGAGAGAAGGAGGUACUGACGAGCCCGAUGUUGGGAUCUCUGUGACUCCGCCCCCUCAGACAUGUCUUUCAUCUAGAAGGAAAUCACGCUCAAGAUCUGAGUCAUCCAGCCUAACUCUAGCCUCGAGAGCAAGUCACAGGUCAUCCCAAAGGUCAUCGCAUAGGUCAUCGCAUCGGUCAUCACAUCGGUCAUCGCAAAGAUCAUCGCAUCGGUCAUCGCAAAGGUCCUCACACAGGUCAUCAUCAAAGAGGUCAUCUCUGAAGUCUGCAUCGAAGAGGUCGUCGGUGAAGAGGUCGAGAGGGGACGUGGCAGAUGGGCGUGGUCGAGAAGGUCGGCCGUGGUACUGCGUCUUCUACAACGCAGAGGAAGAUGUAAAGUCGCAGAGCAGCGAGAUAUACAGUGUGCAGGGUAAGGAAACUGCUGUCGUUACUGACACUUCUGACGAUCUUUGGUUUAUGGACGAUGAUCGGUUCUCUGUAGAGUAUGAGGUGGAAGAUUCUGAGUCAGAGCCUGUUAGCAAUGAUGCAAGGUCAGACUCGACUACUACCGAGGCCGAGAUCUUUGUUGAGGUUGAUGACCUUGGCAGUUCCAGUGAUUCGAGGUUUGCCGAUGAGGACACCACAGACUCAGAAAUCCCUGAAGAGGAUAAAUGGAAGUGCUCUGAAUGCAGCCAGGUCAACAACCCUGUGCACGGCUAUUGUUCCUUCUGCUGGGCUAGGCGAUCUGGUUGGCUUGCCGAUGAAGACAGGAAGAACCCAACAGAAAGAUUAGGUGACAAGCAUGUACUCCGUAGAGCGUUUUCUGCACCUGCUGGAUGCCAUCAAGAUGAGGUCCAUCGAUCUAGCGUUCCAGCAAGGGUCUUGUCACAAGCAGAGAAUGCUCCUUGUGGAAGUGAUGAAGCAGGUACCGGACAUCGAACAGCCAGUCCACUUCGCUUCCAGUCCAUUCCUAGGGAUUUUGCAGAUGGGAAGAGUGGUGAGGAGGGUGAUGAACAGAGCCGGAGUCACGUCCAGGAGGAGAGGCACGUCUUCUGUCAGAUAUCCUCACCAGGGUUGGCGCCUCCCUUGAGACCGCUCCAAGGGUUCCAUGGCCAGGAUGUGAAAGCCCCCUUGACUCACCUGACGACAGUUCACGAGGCGUCUGAAGAAGCGAUCCCUUUGGAUAUCAGCAGACGAGCUCCUGCAUCCUCCACUCUUACCCCUCAUAGUAGUGCGACCCAUGGGAAUGAAGAUCAGGGUGUCGGGAGUGACGUGUCUCAGAACACUCAAGGAGUUGCUGAUACCGUGUCUCACCACUCCAGCGAUAGCUCAGGGGAUGCUGCUGGAUGUACGCCCAGGAAGCGAAGGGCGUUACUGGUCAGUAGGGAAGACUCCGGCGUAUGCCUCAAAAGACAAUCUUCUGGCCAUUCCGGUGCAGAUAGUAUUCGACCAGUCGUCAAAAGUACCCUUCCAGUAACAACUAAUCUUAUUCAGGCAACACCAAUAAUAACAACAGGCUGUAGCCAUGAGAAGAUGAUCACCAAGGUAGGAGGUCAAACAAGUGGCAGUUCAUCUUUGGCAGGGACAUCGAUGGCAACCCAUCCUAUGCAUCAUAUCCCAGUCAUGACCUCACUCACAGAGAAGACAUCAGUCGGCCCCCACCAAACCAUGACUCUCCAGUCGCCCCGACUUGAAUCCCCUGGUCUUACUUCCAGCACAACCCUUCCCCAUCCAACCGUGGGCAGCUCCACGAUGGGCAGUGGGGCAGUUGCCAGCCACGCCCAGGAGCUGUGCCGAUUCUGCUGCGUGCGACCCAAGACAGCUUGCAUCAUCCAUGGCCGUACUGGCCACCAGGUCUGCUGUUACAAGUGCGCCAAGAAACUGAGGCGACGAGGUAAACCCUGUCCUGUUUGUCGACGCCCCAUUCAACACAUCGUCAAGAAUUUUUAUGCCUGAUGAUCCCCAUUCCAUAGUCCAUUAGUUAGGUAGCUAUUAUGACAUAUUAGAAAAAAACAACUUUAAAUAAUAUGUCAAACUUCAUCUCUAUUUGUUUAUUCGAGUGGUCUGCUUUGUAAGCAAAUCAAUGUUGUUAACACCUAAUACAUAGUGUACCGCACUCUCGAAAUACACAUGUUCUCACAAUUUGUGAUUAAAUAAUGAGUGCAAAUAUUAUUUUUAUUGAAAAAUGCUAAUGUUAAAUGGAUUGUUUAACUUCAUUAAAUAUAUGAGAACCGACAACUUAUGCUGGAAUCAUAGUUGGAAACCUUUAAAUAGGUAAGACAGGAUUUUCCUGAGAUAUUUUAGGCUAAUCGGUCACUUAAUUGCCGCGAUUAUGAUGACUACAGUCAUUGUGUUAACUGGAGGCUUUUAAGGGAAAAUAUAAACUUUGCUUAAUGUAAGGCAUGUAAUGUUGCUUAUGAAGUAAAAUUUUCAAGGUUCCUCUUGAAAUUUCACAAUGUUAAUCGAUCCCUUAGGUUGAUAGCGGCCUCUUCAGUAGAAACUGAAUGGUACUUCAUUUGGCAAUUUCAAGUUCAGUGUAUUUGCCAGGGUUGGUGUUGGACGAACAGUCCAGAGAUUGCCUUCCUUGAGUUUAAUUGAUCAAAACAAGUAUGAAUACCAAGUGUGAUUCAUCCAAGAACCAGCUUCCUUUUGUGUUUAGUCCUGUGCUGAUACAUGUGAAUUGUUCCAACACCAACACCAAAAGGUCAACUCUGAACCUCUUCACCACUGAUCAAGUAUCUAUGAAUGAGAGAAUGUAGUAACAACUAGAGUUAAAUAUACACAAUUUCAUUCUGCUUCAAAGAUUGGUAAUAGAAGUGCUUUGCAUGUGGCAAUAGCUCUGAUAAACCAGUUUACAAGAUUGCCUGGAUUGCUUAGGGCAUGGAAUUGUU